UACUCUAUAUGAAAACGCUUCAUUACUCCAGUUCAUAAAUGCUAGUGUUGCAAAUAGUUUGCUCGCAUCGCACAAAACGUCUUCGAAUUUAAUUGAGUGAGCAGUGAUGAGCGAGUGACUUCUUUCAGUAGAUGUAUUGUCGAAUUGUCAUCUGGAAUAAAUUCAUUGUGUUUAAUUAAGCUUUCGUAUCAAAGACUUGUGCAAGACGGUACAAUGUACUUCGGCGAGUUCGAAAAAGAUUGCCUUGAGGCACACAAUCAGUAUCGCGCCCGCCACCACAGUCCACCAUUGAUACUGGAUAUUGGACUCUGCAAAUAUGCACACGAAUGGGCACAACAUUUGGCCAGCAGAAAUACGCUGCAGCAUCGCUCGAAUAAUAAUUACGGCGAAAAUAUUUUUAUGUCAAUGGGUCGCACAAAUAUCAGCGGUAGAGAUGCUGUGAGAAGUUGGUACGAUGAGGUGCAAGAUUAUAAUUUUCAUGGCGGUGGUUUCAGUCAAGGCACAGGACACUUUACACAAGUCGUUUGGCGAGACAGCAAACGUUUGGGUGUUGGCAUGGCAAAGAGGGGCAAUAGUAUUUACGUGGUUGCCAACUAUGAUCCACCGGGUAACUUUAGGGGCGAAUAUGCAAAGAACGUUUUACCGGCCGUUUGUUAGAAGGGGGAGAUCUUCUUCUAUAAUUGUACUUUUAAGUAAAAAUUAAUAUAUUUACUAAGUAGGCAGUUUCACAAAAUCCAUAUUAGGUUAUGCAUUAUUUUUGAUAGAAGUCAGAUAAUAAAACUGUAGAAAAGAAUGGACAUUGAAAAUUUCUUUAAAAGAAUGACCGAAGGUUACGCUGUCUGUUUGAAUUCACUAAUCUAUACAUACAUACGUAUAAUGGAAUUGUAACGGGCCUGUACACCGUGCGA